AUGGCUUCUUGGAUUGAUAUAUUCUCCUUUCUAACGAUAACGACCCUUUUUUUGGGGACCAUCCUCAUCAUCAUCCUCGUUGUGAAAAGCCUCUCAGCAGCCGCUCAACAAACGAAGCAAUCUCUUCAAGACAGAGGCAUUUCUAUAUCGGACAAAGGGGUCUCGAUCAAGACGUCGAAGAGGUUUGACAGGGAAAAUUAUGUGGAUGCGACACAACGCGGUAUAAUCAAAGUUUUAGACGCAUCCAACUUCAGCCCCAACAGCAUGGAUAACUCUGAACACCACCUCAAAUCUAAAUCGACUAGCAAUCUGUUACAGGCAGACGACUCGGAUACCGCUCUCAGCACAAAGAUAUUUGGGAUGCGGCGAACGACCAGUAGGGCGACUUUACUCAUCCGCGAUGACAGUGGCGCCCCCGAUGCCCUCAUGAGCCGCACCAACAACAGGUGCAACACGGGGUCGUAUUAUCCGCUAAGCAUGGACAUGCAUAAGUCAAGGAAUCUUUCCCUGUUUUCUCCACGGGUGCUUUUCGAUCAUCUUGGUUUCACCCAAACGCAAACGUUGAGUCAACCUUAUGAGAAGGUCAUGUAG